AUGGCGCCCAAGCAGAUCCGCCUGUCCUUCCUGGAACUGGCCAACACUGGUGGUUAUAUGGCCUCGGGACAGUGGAAGCGACCGGAUGACACGUCAACCACCAAGGACCGACUCAAAUACUACUUGGAUCUGGCCCGGCUGGCCGAUCGGGGCAAGAUCUCGGCCAUCUUCUUCGCCGACUGGUUUGCGGGAUUCGAGGUGUACGGAGGAAGCAUGAAUGCGAUCCUCCGACGGGGCCAUCAGGUGGCACACAUGGAUCCUCUGCUCCUGAUCUCGGCCAUGGCGGCGGUGACGGAGAAUGUCGCCUUUGCGGUGACGCAGUCGACCACCUUCUCCAAGCCCUACGCGUUGGCCCGGCAGUUUUCCACCUUGGACCACAUCACCGAUGGGCGGUGUGCGUGGAACGUGGUGACCAGCCACACCGAGUCCAGUGCAAAGGCGAUGGGCAUGGACAGUAUGACCCCGCACGACGAGCGGUAUCUCGUUGCCGAUGAGUUUAUGGACGUGGCAUACAAACUCUGGGAGUCGUCGUGGGCACCCGACUCGAUCCACCUCGACAAGACGACGGGCUUUGCGUUCGACGGCGACAAGAUCCGCAAAAUCGAACACAAGGGCCGAUACUUCCAACUGUCCGGCCGGAGCCAGGUGCACCCGUCGCCGCAGCGCACGCCCGUGCUCUUCCAAGCAGGCACGUCGAAAGCCGGGAUGGCGUUUGCGGCCAAGCAUGCCGAGGGCAUUUUCCUGAACACGGUGAACGUCUCCCAAGCGGCCAAGACGGUGUCCGACAUGCGCGCGGCCGCGGCUGCCAACGGCCGCGAUCCUCAGAGCCUCAAGUUCUUCCCGUGUAUCAUGCCCAUCAUCGGCCGGACCCAGGAGGAGGCCCAGGCCAAGUAUCAGGUCGCCGUGGACAACGCCGACGUGGUGGCCGGGCUAGCGCAAUUCAGCGGAUACACCGGCAUCGAUCUGGAGCCGUAUCCGCUCGACGAGCCUCUCGAUCUGACGGGCCAGUCCACCGCGCACGCGAUUCAAGCCGUGUUGAAGGCGCUGACGGCCAGCGAGCAGGAGAAUGACGCGCCUUGGACGCCGCGCCGGCUGGGCAUGCGUAUGGCGUUGGGUGGACUGCAUCCUUGCCCGGUGGGCACGGCCGAAGAAGUGGCCGAUGUGUUUCAGCAAUGGGUCGAUGAGGCCGACGUGGACGGAUUCAACAUCGGCAGUGUCACGAACCCGGGCAGCUGGGAGGAUGUGGUCGACCUGCUGGUGCCGGUACUGCAGCGGAGGGGUAUGAUGUGGUUGGAUUACGCCGUGCCCGGCGGCACCUUCCGCGAGAAUCUUUUGGGCCAUAAAGAAUUGAGCCCUGAUCAUUAUGGUUCCAGUUUCAAAUGGGGGCGGGAGGUGCCAUGUCUUGCCGGCGACGUCAAGGUCAAUGGGGAGAAGAUGGUCAAUGGUACUCACUAA